AUUAGUUGAUGAUGUUAGUUUGUUCAUUCUAUCCAGAAAAAAUGAUCAAGCCGCAAGGGAGAAGGCGACAAUGAUCCUCAAGAAAUUUGAAUCGUCAUACGAUGAUAACCUCACCUUAGUUCGAACAGACUCAGGAAAAGGAGACUGUGAAUUUAUGGGUUGUUCCAUCUCCUGCUCUUCUUCGCCACCUUUAGUCCACAGCUCUGCGAUCACAAAAAAACAGGAGUAUAUUUUGAGUAGUGAGCCUAUCAGAAUCUUGUCCACGCAAGACUUCAGAUCAUAUGGACCUGCAAACCUUAAGAAGGGACUGAUUAAAGGAGAUGGCUAUGGCGGGAUCUUUGUCACGUUGCUUGGCGGAGGACGAGCGGGAGGAGGAGCGGGAGGAGCGGAAGGAGCGGGAGGAGGGAUGGGAAAAGGAGCGGGAAAAGGAGUGGGAGGAAGAGCGGGAGCAGGUGCGGGAGAAGGAGCCGGAGGGGAAAUCCGAAGGGGCGGAGGAGCCACGGGAGGAGGAGCUGGAGAAGGAGGAGCGGCAGGGGAAACGGGAAGGGGGUUAGGAGCGGGAGAAGGAGCACGAGGAGAAACGGGAAGGGGCGGAGGAGCCGCGGGAGGAGGGGCGGUAGAAGGAGUGGAGGAGGAGAAGCGGGAGAAGCACGAGGACGAGCGGGAGGAGUGGCAGGAGGAACAGGGGAAAGAGCAGGGGAAGCAGCGGGAGAAGGAGAAGCAGCAGGGGGGAGAGCAGGAGAAGGAGCAGGAGGAGGAGAGGGAGGAGCAGCAGGAGAACAAGCGGGAGCGGGGCUAUGGCAGGAUCUUUGUCAUGUUGUUUGGCGGAGGAUCGGGAGGGGGAGGAGGAGGAGGAGGAGGAGCAGUGGGAGGAGCGGGAGAAGGAGCGAGAGGAGGCAUGGGAGAAGGAGCGGGGAAGGAGCAGGAGGGGGGCUAUGGCGCGGGAAGAGAAGCGGGAGGAGGGGGAGGAGGAACAGUGGGAAAAGCAGGAGAAGCAGCGGAAGGAGGACGCGCAGCAGGAGGAGCCGGAGGAGCAGCAACAGAGGGAGCGGGAGAAGGAGAGGGGGGAGGAGCGGGAGAAGCAGCGGGAGCAGGGCUAUGGCGGGAUUUUUGUCAUGUGGUCGUGGCUUCCACCGAGACAGGGGCAAGAAAGCAGUACAUGGAGGACAUGAAGAAGGAGCUAAUGAAAGAGUACAAGGCAGACUUGGAGAUUCUCUGCUGCAAGGACAACAUCAAGUAUGUCAAUAAGAAGAAGGCAGCGAAUGAGCUUGCUGAGCUUCGUACACGUGAUGCUUACGGCGAAGCCGAAGAAGAAGACGAUGAGGAUUGGCUCAACUCCACAGCGUUCGAGGAGCAAGAGGAGUGUUGUAGACGGAUGUGCGGAGACUUGCUCGUCGUCGAGGAUGCCAUUGAUAACUUCGUCGAUGAUUAUACUGCGGCUAGGUUUAGCCAGGCUCACAGCAACGGAAACCUUGUCGUACCCGUGUUGGAGAUCAUCUGCAGACGUCAGUGGUUGAACCUCAUAGUCUUCACGUUUUGUGGAAAGGUCACUGACCACCUGCGUCUCCAUCCCUAUUGUCGUUACAUUGUCGUCGCCGUCAUGGCCACGAUGCUCUCCAUAUAGUUGCCCGAACUCGUCAAAUGACUCUUUAGAUCCGGUAUCGUGCUCAUUGUCCUCCCUUCCUCGUCUUGAAUAUCCACAUC